UGGAGCCCCUACUCACUGAGGAAGGUAUGAAAGUGACUCAUCCCAACCUGCUACAAGGCUAACGAACUGCUCCAUCAAAAACCAUGACAACUGCAGCUUGCUGGCUGGACCUACAGGAAGACUUCAGAAACCAACCAAAUAAGAGGAAGAGAGACGAGGGAACGAUUGUUUUCAAAUAAGAGGGAGGGAGACGAGGGAGCGAUUGUUUUCUAUAUAUUUACAACAAAAGAGAGGGAUAAUCCUAGCUAGGGGAAAAAAAAAACAAAAAACAAAAUGAUUUUCUUUUGAAGCUGUUUCUAUGUGCUGUUUUUUCGGAGGAAAGUGUUGUUCUUCCUUGAAUCAUCAGGUUAUUAUCUGUUGGAAAAGAUGAUCUUUCUGUUUCUAGUCAUCGCUUUCUGGUCUACGCUGAAGACUGGAUUUCAAAAAAGAUGUGGAGGGACUGGAUUCUAACCAAGGGCAUUUGGAUCUGCAGCAGUUUUUCUUUUUCCCAAUGCAAUAAUGCUGUGAGAUUGUGUGCUGGACGAAAACAAUUUGCAUAGAAGCUGCAUUCCAAAUAAGGAGAGAGAAAAGCAUGUAAGCAACCUGCCAUCUGCAGGUGGCCUGAACCAUGGCGCAGCUCUACUACAAGAAGGUGAACUACUCUCCUUACCGGGACCGCAUCCCCCUGCAGAUCGUCCGCGCAGAGGCCGAGCUCUCUCCCCAGGAGAAAGCCUACCUGAUCGCGGUGGAGAAGGGGGAUUACGCCAGCGUGAAGCAGGCCCUGGAGGAGGCAGAGAUCUACUACAACAUCAACAUCAACUGCAUGGACCCCCUGGGGCGCAGCGCCCUGCUCAUCGCCAUUGAGAACGAGAACCUGGAGAUCAUGGAGCUGCAGCUGAGCCACAACAUCUACGUGGGGGACGCGCUGCUCUACGCCAUCCGCAAAGAGGUGGUGGGGGCUGUGGAACUGCUGCUGAGCCACCGCAAACCCAGCGGGGAGAAGCAGGUCUCUUCCUUAAUGAUGGAUAACCAGUUUUCAGAGUUCACGCCUGACAUCACCCCUAUCAUGCUGGCAGCCCACACCAACAACUAUGAGAUCAUCAAGCUCCUGGUCCAACGCAAGGUCACCAUCCCGCGUCCGCACCAGAUCCGCUGCAACUGCGUGGAGUGCGUGUCGAGCUCGGAGGUGGACAGCCUACGUCACUCCCGCUCCCGCCUCAACAUCUACAAGGCUCUGGCCAGCCCCUCCCUCAUCGCCCUGUCCAGCGAGGACCCCAUCCUCACCUGCUUCCGGCUGGGCUGGGAGCUCAAGGAGCUGAGCAAGGUGGAGAACGAGUUCAAGGCGGAGUACGAGGAGCUUUCCCAGCAGUGCAAGCGCUUUGCCAAGGAUCUCCUGGACCAGGCCCGCAGCUCCCGGGAGCUGGAGAUCAUCCUGAACCAUCGGGAUGACCAGAGCGAGGAGCUAGACCCGAGCGAGUGCCACGACCUGGCCAAGCUCAAGCUGGCCAUCAAAUACCACCAGAAAGAGUUUGUGGCUCAGCCGAACUGCCAGCAGCUCCUGGCGACUCUGUGGUACGAUGGGUUCCCUGGCUGGCGCCGGCGGCACUGGGCUGUCAAGCUGCUGACCUGCUUCACCAUCGGGCUGCUCUUCCCGGUCUUCUCGGUGGUUUACCUGCUAGCUCCCAAGAGCAGCCUGGGCCUGUUCAUCAAGAAGCCAUUCAUCAAGUUCAUCUGCCACACCGCCUCCUACCUGACAUUCCUGUUCCUGCUGCUCCUCGCCUCCCAGCACAUCGUCCGCACAGACCUGCACAUGCAGGGCCCUCCACCCACCAUCGUUGAAUGGAUGAUACUGCCCUGGGUGCUGGGAUUCAUCUGGGCUGAAAUUAAAGAAAUGUGGGACGGGGGGUUCACCGAGUAUGUCCAUGACUGGUGGAACCUGAUGGAUUUCGCAAUGAACUCCCUGUAUCUCGCCACCAUCUCAUUAAAGAUUGUUGCAUAUGUCAAGUACAACGGCUCUCGUCCACGGGAGGAGUGGGAGAUGUGGCACCCCACCCUGAUCGCAGAGGCCCUGUUUGCCAUUGCCAAUAUCUUCAGUUCCCUGCGGCUCAUCUCCCUGUUCACUGCCAACUCCCACCUGGGGCCUCUACAGAUCUCGCUGGGCCGCAUGCUGCUGGACAUCCUCAAGUUCCUCUUCAUCUACUGCCUGGUGCUGCUCGCAUUCGCCAAUGGCCUCAACCAGCUGUACUUCUACUAUGAGACCAGCGCUGCAGAGGAGCCCCAUAACUGCAAGGGCAUCCGCUGUGAGAAACAGAACAACGCCUUCUCAACGCUAUUUGAGACCCUGCAGUCCCUGUUCUGGUCUGUGUUUGGUUUGCUGAAUCUCUACGUCACCAAUGUGAAAGCCCGACACGAGUUUACGGAAUUUGUUGGCGCCACCAUGUUUGGCACGUACAACGUGAUCUCUCUUGUGGUGCUGCUCAACAUGCUGAUAGCCAUGAUGAACAACUCCUACCAGCUUAUUGCAGACCACGCAGAUAUUGAGUGGAAGUUUGCCCGGACGAAGCUGUGGAUGAGCUAUUUUGAUGAGGGGGGCACCCUGCCGCCCCCCUUCAACAUCAUUGUGAGCCCCAAGUCCAUCUGGUACCUGUGCGUGUGGCUCCACCGGAAGCUCUGCCCUGGGAAGAGUCGUGAUGAGGAGCACAAGAAGCAUGAGAACUUCAAGACAUUCACGGAACACCAUGCUGACAUCCUCAUCCAGAACCAACAUUACCAGGAAGUCAUACGAAAUUUGGUGAAAAGAUACGUAGCCUCCAUGAUAAGGAGUGCCAAGACAGACGAGGGUCUAACAGAGGAGAAUUUCAAGGAGCUGAAGCAGGACAUUUCCAGCUUCCGCUAUGAAGUUCUCGACCUGCUGGGCAACAGAAAGCCCCCACGGCGGACCUACUCCUCCAGCAGCGAUGCCACCCUGAAGGAUGAGAUGAAUGACGAUGAUGGGGGCAAGUGCAAAUCCAAGAACGUCUCCUUCAACCAGGCCGACAAAAAGAAAGACACCUUCAGCGUGUCGGCUCUGUUCCGCUCCAUGUCGGGAAUCGACAUUGCUGAGGAGAAACCAAAGAGCAACGGCUUCAAGAAGUCCUUUGUUAAGAACGGCAACCGGCUGCAGAGAAUCUCCACCUCCAAAAAGGACUCUUUCAAGAGACUGGGCCUGCUGUUCUCCAAGAUGAACGGGCAUGUUUCGGAGCCCAGCUCCUCAGAACCCAUGUACACCAUCUCGGACGGGCUUAUUCAGCCCAAGCACAUGUGGCAGGACUUCAAGUACUCUCAGAGCGAGGUUCACCUCAAUGAAGUUGGCAUGGAUGAGUCGGCCAAGGUCAACGGCACAGACCUUCUCCUGCCUCCCGUCUGCAGCAACUCCCUUCACUGUGCUUCCAGCAUCACCGCUUCCAGCUCAAAGCUCAUCAACUCCACGGAGGAUGUGUUUGAUGGCUGGGAGGGGGGUUGCAGUGUGCUCAUUAACAAUUGGAAUGCAGGGCAAGAGGACAACGUUACCACCCAGUUAUGAAAAGGGGAUGGCGAGCUUGUUUAACACAGGGCAGUGCCUCCACUUCUCUCAUAGCUGGAUACAGCUGGGCUGGAACACAGAGUUGGUGUAGCUUUACCUAUCCCAUUACUGCAAGUCAUUAGUGUAGAAACAAACUUUUAAAAACGCCUUCUUUAUUGCAAUAGUAGUAAUAUUAACAGGAUACAAUUUAGCUGCACGUGUAAAGCCUUUAAUCUCUUGCCGGCUACUGACUUUUUAAACUGAGCUCAGGUGGGUGGGAGUGAGUAUAGAGGCUAUAGGGUUGGGUCUACUCUACUUACUUUUAGGGUUAUGUUUUGUUUUUUAAAACACAGAUUACAUUUGUUUUAUUGUUGGCAAAAUGUUUCAAAAUGGAAUUGACAUGAAUUUGCUAAGCACUGUUCUUCUGGGCCAUUCCAUUUCAAACGAUCAAUGGAUUAUAAAUGCCACUCAAGUGUUUUUUGUUUUUUUUUUCAUUAUGAUGUUUGCAAUCACUCUGAAGGGUUUGUUGCUUCAAUAUGAAGAUUUGUAGAAUGUUUCUCUAACUGGCUGCCUUCUUGCUUGCAGGACUGUUUUAUCAUGUUCAGAUCAUGUAUUUUUGCUUCCUGAUCUUGAGAAAUCAUUUGACAUUGUGACCUUUCAACUCUUCACCAUAAAGCAGGUAGACAUAAACAAUAUUUAAAUGGCACUGCUUUUUGUUCUUGAUACAAAUAAGUACUUUAUCCAGGUGCCUAACAAUUUCAUAUAAUUGAGGUUACAUGGUCCAGUAGCAGCUCCUGGAUACAGGAGGUUAAUAGGAAUCAAGAAACAAUGAAUUGAUCUAUUGGGUUUUAGUAAUGAAAAUCGGCAAUAGAAUUGAAUGAACAAGACAAAAAGCAAACAAUCUUCAGCAUUAUUAAUUUGGCAACAGUCCAUAAAAAUUCUUCUUCAUAUUGGGACAUAUUUGGCUAGUUUAGCUGUGACAUGGAACGGCUUAUUUGAAUCUUUACUGAUGCCUUUUAGUGAGGUGCUGGAUUUCUGAUAAGCAGUGUUGGGGAUUACAAAUUACUGUAAUCAGAUUACUUUUUUCAUUAACUUAAACGUAAUGGUUUCUUAUUCAAACAGGUAACAAAAUGUGGUAACGGAUUAUGUUUUAUGUUUUGAAAUGACAGUCACUUUUAGGUCGAUAAAUAAGGACCAUGACUAACACAUAACACGGAAAUCAGAAGGUUACUUCAAAACUGGCAAACCUUACAUUUCAUGAAAUGCUGUUCAUAUCCUCUUGCUACAGAAUGGCGUUAGGAGGGAACGAGUGGGUUCGAUAGCUGGAUCUUCAAAGAAUAUUUCCAGAUACAGCCUGACCAAACCAAAAAAAUUAUUCAGUAAAACUGUGGCUGAGAAGUUACUAUUUGGAACUUUUAACUAGUUACAAUUCUGUUCAAGUAACUCAUACCUGUAACAGAGUACUUUUUAAAAGUCACUUCCCCAACACCGCUGACACAUGAGGAAGAUUUUAUUGAGAUUGUGAGUUUCUUAAUUACCACGAACAGAGACUGGAGUAUAUUCAGAUUCAAAUAUGUUAUGUGCAUGUUAACCCAUAGCAAUGGAUUAGUGUUAGUAUAUAAAAAGGUAUUAAAAUAAAUUCUUCACUGAUUCCAUGUAAAACCUAUAGCCAUACCUACAGCCAAUGCACAGAACUGCACAAUCAGUGACUGCACAGUCUUCCUCAGCAGUGAAUCUCUCUCUAAACGCAAAACAAUACGUUACAUUUUGGUUUAUUAUGUAUUCAUAUGUUUUUUAGACAGCCAAGAUGUUUACCAAAAAGUCUAAACUAAAAUCAUUGUCACCGUUUUGUUUCAACAAUAAUAAUAAAUUAAUAAUGAUUAUACUAC